UUCAGCCCAUGAUGUAGAGGCAACUGAUGCUCUUAUUAAGUUUGUCGGAAGUGAUCGCUUUAAAUCUCUGCUAAAAGACAAAAUGAGCAAAAAGAAGAACGUUUGGUCACAAAUUGCCAAAGAAAUGAUGAUUCUGGGUUAUAAUUUUAGUAAUCGAGACCCAGGUACAGUUUGUUCUCAAAAGUGGAGGAACAUGGAAGGAAAAACUAUAACAUUCAUUCAAAAUGGAGGGUCUAAGAGCACUGGAGCUGGGAAGUUGAAAAAGCCUGCAUUUUAUGAUGAAGUACGAGACAUUAUUAAAGAUUCUGCUAAGGCAACCCCAGUUAAUUUAAUGGACACAAUGUCAGACCUGUCUAGUCAAACCUCAUCGUCAUCAGUAUCAAAUGAUUUUUUAAAAAGCAGUAAAUGUUCUCAAGAAUUCAGUUGCAGCGCCAAGGAUUCUGACGAGCCUCUGUCUGACGAUGAUGCAAAAGAAUUGAUUUCCAACCAGAAGAAAGUGAGCCCUUUUCUAAAAGUACAAAAUACUACCAAGGCCAAGAAACGAAAAAUUGACAACAGUGCCUUACUGAAUUUUUUAAAACAGGAUUCAGAAGAGAGAAAAACGCAGAAUAAAAAUCUUGUACAGCUUCUAACUAAAAAAAUGGAACAAGAAAAAGAAUCGAAAAAACAAAUGUUGGAAAUUCUCUCUAAUUAUUGGACAAAAUAUGUGGCACUUCUCAAGACUUAA